AUGGGACUAUCCAAUGCAAGUUUUCCAGAAGUCUUUGUACUCCUGGGCUUCUCUGCACGACCCUCUCUGGAACCUAUUCUUUUCAUACUUGUCUUAAUUUUUUAUGUGGUUUCUAUUGUGGGAAAUAGCAUCAUCAUUCUGGUAUCAUACAAGGAUGUGCGUCUCCACACUCCCAUGUAUUUCUUUCUCACUAACCUCUCCUUCUUGGACAUUAGCUUUAUCACAAGCAUUGUGCCCCAACUUUUGGUCAACCUGUGGGGACCACAAAAAACCAUAAGCUAUGGAGGAUGUGUGGUCCAGUUUUAUAUCUCCCAUUGGCUGGGGGCAACAGAGUGUGUUCUCUUAGCAGUCAUGUCCUAUGAUCGUUAUGCCGCCAUCUGCAGGCCACUUCAUUACACUGUUAUCAUGCAACCACAGCUCUGCAUAGGCCUGGCCUUUACUUCAUGGCUUGUGGGUCUGAUUACCAGCAUGGUGGGCUCCACACUCACUAUGCUGUUACCAUUGUGUGGGAACAAUCAUAUUGACCACUUCCUUUGUGAGAUGCCUCUCAUUAUGCAACUAGCUUGUGUGGAUACCAGCCUCAAUGAGAUAGAGAUGUACCUCGCAAGUUUUAUUGUUGUUGUCUUGCCCCUAAGUCUCAUCUUGGUCUCAUAUGGCUACAUUGCUCAAGCUGUGUUUAAGAUCAAAUCAGCAGAAGUACGAAGGAAAGCAUUUAACACCUGUUCUUCCCAUGUGGCAGUUGUAUCCCUCUUUUAUGGGAGCAUUAUUUUCAUGUACCUCCAGCCAGCCAAGAGGAACUCUCAUGAACAAGGAAAGUUUAUAGCCCUCUUCUAUACUGUAGUCACCCCAAUGCUGAACCCACUUAUUUACACACUGAGAAAUAAGGAUGUGAAGAGAGCACUAAAUCACAUUUUAGUAGAGAACUGCUGUAGCUUUACAGAAAAAUAA